AUUCGAGGGUUGCACGCUCUCACGUUGCGCUGCCACGCUCUCUCCCCGAGUACUCUACCACCCUUCUCUCUCUAUCCCUCUUUCGGUGUCGGCUCCCUGCGCUCGCAUGCACGCCAGUUGACAUUCCGCUGCCGAAAUCGCACGUUCCGCCACCACCACGGGAUAUAAUCACCUCCGUGACAGUCGCUCCGCGCGCUUACACGUUACGCAUCCUUGCGCGAUAUAUCCCGACCGAGAUGACCGAGGUGGUGUCACGCUCCGUUUCGUCCGCAUUGUGAUUUUCCCGAGUGAGAAGAUCCAUGAGGUGAUCUCGUGCGUCGAUCGAGACGGGGGACCGAUCCCUGGAGGCGAGGAGGACCAUGGAAAGAUCGUGCCGAUGGAUCGGGGCGAAGUGAAGUUUCGCCGUUUCCGUCUUUUCCCUCUUCCCUUCGUCUCGUUGCGUUCCAUCGUGAAAUGUGUAACGCCGAUUCUGAAAGAUCGUGAAAAUUAUCUCGGUUGGUUUGCAGUCCGUUGUUUCGGAAAGAAGGGAAAGAUCGGUGAAAAGGGCUCGUGGACACUUUUUGUGCGAUGAAAUUGUACGAUAAGUAUCUCGUGAAACGGUAGGAAUACACGCGAUCGUUUUCGAUGUACGAUAUCCGCGAUACGAGGAUCGACUCGACGUAUACUCGACGAACGUCGCGAAACGCGAGGAACGGGUUAAAAGUUGCCACAUAGAAUUCCGAGUGAGUUCCCUGGAAGGGAAGAAGGAACGAGAGGACGAGAAGGCGCGCAGAUCGAGGGUGAUCGAGUUCGGGGGAAAGGGGAGGGCAGGAAGGGUGGAAAAGCCAAGGGAGGCCGUGAUAUGUUUCCUUCGUCAGCGGCGAUGCUGAAGAAUCUGCAACAAAGUGCAAUGACCUCGCCCUUUUUAAUGGAGAACUUGCUCCAGAGCAAGGCGGCGCCCGGCGCCGAUCUGACCAGCCUGACCUUGAACUGGGCGGCCAGCCUGGUAGCGAGACAACGGGAGCGCGAAUGCGAGGCGAACUCGAGGCACUCGAGGGAGAAAUUGUCUCCCUCGAGCGCGAGUCAGGAUCAGCUGGAUCAACGAUCCAGCGCACGUGGCACGGACAGAGGGAACCCGAUGAUCGAGUGCGGCGUGAGGGAGCAGCAGCAUCAGCAGAGAGGAUCGUCGGGGAGGAUGGUCGAUCGGCAAAACGAUCGGAUGCACAUGAUCCGGGACAAGGAGGGGAUGGAGAGGGGCCAGAUCGCGUACGUGGACGUGGACAACGAGAGGAUCGACGGCCACGUAAUCGUGGAUCGGCUGUGCGCGAUGGAGAGGCUCUGCAACGAGAGGAUCGAGAACCGAUCGAGCUCCGCCGUCGACUCGUGCAACUCGAACGUGGACGAGGAUCAGAUCGGUAUCGAGAUGGACGGUGGCCUCCAAGCCGAGAGGGAAAAGGACGAUGGCGGGAUCCUAGGUGGCGAACGCGUGACGGCGUUGCAGGCGGACAGGCGGUACGACCUUGGAUGCAGAAACGUCAUGCACACGUCCGACGAGAUGACGAUUCAAGGGGAGAGAGAGGUGGCGGUCGAGCGUGUGGUCGACAGGAUAGGCGAGAGAACGACCACCGCCUGUUCCUGCGGGGACGAGCAGUGCUUAGGACCCGCAUGCAGGACCAUCCAGGAGAAGGAGAAGCCGCAGCUCAAGUUCAGCGUCAACGCUAUACUAGGCGGCAAUCAUGACAGGCGACCGCAUUCGGAGAAUUUUCAAGGACUCCCACCGGAAGCGAUACCGGCGUUCCUGCAGAAUUUGCAAAAUUCCGCGAGUUACAAUAUCGCGAAACCAAUCGCCAGACCCGCGGCUUAUCAUCCUUAUCACAGGCCGAGUCAUCAACCUCCCCAACGUCAUCUACCGCCCAAUGCUCAUCACACGUUGCAACAAUUAUUCUACAGAGGACCAUACCUGACAGUUGCCGGUUCCGGAACUGGAGCUCAUCAUCCGGGUGCCCCAGGUGGUGGGACAGCGUUCCCAGGUGCGAUUCAAGGGGGUCUGGGCGAUUUUGCCAGCACUGGCCUGGUAUUUCCAUGGGCGACGAACGCCCGUGGAAAACCACGUCGAGGAAUGAUGAGAAGGGCGGUUUUCUCGGAUCUUCAGAGGCGCGGGCUUGAGAAGAGGUUUCAAAUACAAAAAUACAUCAGCAAGCCGGAUCGUAAGAAGCUGGCUGAGAAACUCGGUCUUAAGGAUUCCCAGGUAAAGAUCUGGUUCCAAAAUCGGCGAAUGAAGUGGAGGAACAGCAAAGAGAGGGAGCUGCUAGCAACCGGGGGUUCACGAGAGCAGACGUUACCAAACAAGAACAAUCCUAAUCCUGACUUAAGCGACGCCGAUGGAGAUAGGCCUCGAUUGGAUUUGAGCGACGUGAGUCCUUUGACGAGUCCACAGCGGCCGGAAGAACAAACGGAGAAUGAGGAGGACGAGGAGAUCAACGUCACGUGAUGAAAUUCCAACGAAUAUCCUGAUGCGAAUGUGUUCGUUUGAUGAGACAUGAUCCGAGCAAUUCAGGAUUGUUAUAUGAGGAGGACAAUCCGGUGAAAUUCGAACUCGAGUUUCAUAUCCGGGGCUAAAUCGUAAUCGAAAUAUGUCUUUUUGAUGAAAAGUAAUAAUGAUUCUCAUUACAGACUUGGGAUACACGGGAUAUUCCAAAUGAUUUAUAAUCGAGAUCAUAAAAUUUACGAUAUCCGAUUGUUUUAUAUUGUUGAUAAAACGAUUCGUAUAUUCGUACAAUUUUAAAAUUGAUGUAUUUUUCCGAAUUGAUCGAAUGAUUUUUAAUCCUUCACCGUGAUACGAUCUUUAUAACGAUAUUGUUUCCUUUUUUUAAACGGUGAAACUGAUCUUUAUAUAAAAAGGGAAUUUUAUUUUUUACGAUCAAUCUCUUUUCUCGAUGGGUAUAACAUUGAUGGUGUUUCGAUGAUGUUAAUAAUUAUUUUGAAAUUAAUUUGCACAACAGAAAAUAUUUACCAAGAAAAAUAUACAAAUUGAAUUGAAAUAUAUAUUUCUGUUCAUUGAAAUUUUUCUUCCCAAUGUUUUUUCAAAACAAUGGAAUUUCCAUUAAACUGAGAAAUGUAUUAUAUUGUAAGUAGAAAUGGAUGUAAGUUUGCGUAAUUUUCUGUAAGGUAUCGUAUAAGGUUGUACUAGACGUAACGUUACGAUUAUUAUUAAGAUAUGUACCUAAAUUUUAAGCAUCAUGCUCUCGGGCAUCGAAAAACCAAAUGUAAUUAUUCAUUGUGAUGCAUUAUGAUCUAUGUAAUAUAUUGCAAUAAAACUGUCUAUGCUAAUUACUUCA